AUGGCAAGCAGGACAGCUGCGACCAUGCUGGGCGAGACAGUAUCACGGCCCCCGGGCCCCUGCAGUGUUUCGAGUUCGCAGAGAAGUUCGCCCCUCCCGGCUGCGGAUCCAACCUUCGUCGAUCCGAAUUCUCUGUCACCAGUCAAGGAAACCUGCUUGUUUAUCGCUCCUCCGUCGCAAAGUUCCCAUUCUGCCGUCUUCUUUCGUUGUCCUUGCCACUCUUAUUCGUGUCACCAUACGCUACAUCGAGCCGUUCCUUCUCAUGUAGCGCUAGCGGAGAACGGGAUCCGACCCUCACGCCUGUCAUAUCGCUUCUCGCAUUCCUGGCCGAUACAUCGGCAAGCGACAAAGAGUUCUUCAGUGAGGAGGAGCCGACGCCGUCAGACCGACACUGAACACGAAAAAAACACUGCCAGGUUGUGGCCACGUCCUUUUCCUCUUCUCUUUCGUCUGUUGGUCUUCUUGCAGGUGCCGCAGUUGCUUCAUCAAAGAGCCUGUCCGGGAUUGUCACCACUCGCAGUCGAGGUCGUUCGAGUCGCUUUCCGAGUAGGGUCAUGCGUCGUAGCAGCCAAGGAUGCCCUGGACGCUACCUCGGCCGAACCAUGGUCGACCAUUGUCACAAACAUUUCCGAGCAAUUUCCCGGAGUAGCCCUUGCCGAGUUCCACCAGACGACUGGCAUUCCGCUGUCUAAUCAGGCCUACGUCAGCACUAAACCUUCUGGUACUCCGCGCUUGCAUCAAGGAGACCUUCCGAUUGAGAUCGCCUGUCCCAACCGGCUGACGACUACUACCGCGGUGGCUUCGGGCUUCAUUUCGAAGGGAAAGGGGGUUCUUGCCCUCGACUGGGCCGUGAUGCUCAACGGAGUCAAGUACCCAGACCCCGAGAACUACCACCCAGAGCGUUGUCUUGUGUGGGAAUGUUUGGACGGAACUUCGUCAUCAUCUCGGAUGAGUCCAUCGCAAAUUACUUCCUCGUUAAGCGCGCAGAGAUCUACUCAGACAGACCCGCCGUGCCAUCUCUCAUUGACUCGAAGAGCAGCCAUGGGAUGUUGUUAUACCUGCCACUCAUGGGUAGGAAAUAAGCUUGGGUUCGCCAGCGCAAGUGGGACCACUCGUAGCUGGCGCAAUCUUCUGCGAUCAAAUACAAGGGCAUCAUGGAGAUUGAAGUCAAGCGCAUGCUCUUCGUGUGUGCGGAUGGCGGAGGAGCUCCCAAUGAAAAGUCAAAGUUCUCAAUCUUCAUAUCAGUACCGCUUUCCACUUCCACGUCGUGAAUUUGUCGUUGUGAAAGCCAGAUCCAAAUUGUGCAUUGGGGGUUUUCUUACAUCAUCACGCUUGUGUCAUAGCGUCCUUCUUAGGUAUGCGAGUCCGGAUGAGGGUGAACCUACCACAUUCGAACACCUCAACACCAAGUCACAGUCACCAACAAAAUCACGCAACUCCGUCGAAAUGAACACUCAAACCCGCCCAUUCCGCUUCCGCCUCGCCAACCGCACCGCAACGCGCCACCAACCUCCCCGCCCUCGAAACGGCCCGCUGCCCAUCCCGCCAACCUUCCCGUUCAUGCAAGCACCCUUCGACAUCCGCCUCAUCAUCGCCUCCUUCGCCGUCACGUUCCCCCACCGCCUGCCCGUCCUCGACGCCUGGCACGGCCGCUUCCUCAUCCCCGAUCUGCGCCGCACCGACCCCGACUCGAGCGGCUUCACCGAGGCCCAGCCCGGCACGGUCGAUGACCUGCCAAUUGUCAUCGCACUGCGAAGCGCCCCGCAGAUGCGCACCGCGGAGGGCCAGCUGGAGCUGCAGACGGUGCGCGGAAGAUUCUACAUGAGGAACGAGUUCGAGUUCGAUGCGUGGGGGCUGUACAUGGCGCGGAUCACGCAGCUGCAGGGGUUCGCGUUCCAGCACCUGAGGGUGGUGGUCUUGACGGAGUGGACGGACAUGUCGCCGAACUGUACGCUUUCGCUGGAGGAGAUCGCGCAGGGUACGGGGGGCAGGGUGAGGGUGGUGGUGGAGCUGCGGGAGUAG